UUCAUUGGCUACGGAUCCCGGCGUUUUGGGGGAGACCGGAAGUGGGGUCACUGAGAGGUAACCAGAAAUGGAGAAGAAAAUAAGCAGAGUCUAUUUUGCUUCCAAACCCAAUGUAACUCAUUUUUUACAAGUGUCUUGGGAGAAAACGCUAGGAUCUGGUUUUGUUGUUACUCUUACUGAUGGUCAGUCAGCGUGGACUGGAACAGUUUCUGAGUCUGAGAUUGGCCAAGAAGCAGAUGACAUGGCAAUGGAGAAAGAAAAAUACGUGGAUGAGCUGAGGAAAGCCCUGGUGUCGGGAGCGGGACCCGGGGAUGCAUACAAGUUUGACUUUUCCGAAAGGGAUUGUUGUUUCUCCUGCGAGAAAAACCUGAAAGAUGUUUCAUUUAGGCUUGGUUCCUUCGACUUACAGAAAGCUGAGAACCCAGCUGAGGUCAUUAGAGAACUUCUUUGUUACUGUUUGGACAGCAUCGCAGAAAACAAAGCCCAAAGUGAGCAACUACAGAGAGAAAAUGAAAGACUCCUGAGAGACUGGAAUGAUGUUGAGAGCCGAUUGGAAAAAUGUGUGCGUGCCAAGGAAGGCUUGGAGGCCGAUCUGUAUAAGCGGUUUAUUCUGGUGCUGAAUGAGAAGAAGUCCAAGAUCAGAAGCCUCCACAAGCUUCUCAAUGAAGUUCAAGAACUGGAAAAGAAUAUUGAACAUGGAAGGGAAGGUACAGCCAGCUCUGAAACCCUAGCCGCCUGUGACCCCGCCUACGAUGUGAGUACGGAUGAGGGAAGUGGAAAUGAGGCUGAGCCCUCAGUGUCGGCCCCAGCCAAUUUAAGCAAAGAAAUCCAGGGGUUUUAUACUGAAAACUGCUUGGUGUGCAACAGUGGGGUAACGGUCAGGAAGCAGCCGUGCGUGGCCUGCCUCCAUGCUCGGACUCCUCCACGGAAUGGGAGUGAUACCUCGGUGGACGCGAUGCCACCCACUACUUUAAGCAAAGAGGACUCCCUUAUCUGGAGCCCCAGUGUCCCGGAUGUUGCACCAAGUCGAAAGAGGAGGCAGCGGAUGCAGCAGGAUCUUGGAACAGAGGCGAAAGUGGCUCCCCUUGGAACUCAGCUUCAGGGGAAGGACAAGCUUGACACUUCAAGACCCGGGACUUUGAAGGAGGAGCACAUCUCAGCCGAGAACAUGUCUUUGGAAACUCUGAGAAACAGCAGUCCAGAAGGUCUCUUUGAUGAGAUGUAACAGUCUGAAGGAAUGCUUGAAUGCUCACUAGAUUAGAUUUUCUGUUCAUUUAUUUCAAAUGAAACAACAAAAUUACCACUCAGCAGCACCUAUCACUGCACCUUACACCUGAAUGGCAUGCGUGGGAGCUGUGUAGAGUGGUUUCCUCAUGUGUCUGAAGAGAUGAUUCCAUGUUAGUCUUACAUUAUUGUAGACUUUUCAUUCCCAUGUCUGCAAUUGCAUAAAAUCUCUGACUUCACUCACAAAAGACACAUUCAUCCUAUUCAUUCAUGCAUCUUUUGUGGUGUAGCUAGCUAACAUCCUACCCAAGACGACUUUGGAAAUAUGACAAAGUAAACAUCUUCAUUAAGUGGCUAUAUUCUGAGCAGUAUGUUUGAGCAAUUUAGCUUGUGGAGCAAUUUAGCUUAUAUUUUGCUUUUGUGCAUACACACUCUGAAAAUCUAACAA